AUGCUAGAGGCAUCACCUGGAAUCCUACUCGCAUCACCUGGGAUGCUAGUAGCACCACCAGGGAUGCUAGUAGCAUCACCAGGGAUGCUAGUAGCAUCACCAGGGAUGAUAGUAGCAUCACCUGGCAUGCUAGUAGCAUCACCUGGCAUGCUAGUAGCAUCACCUGGUAUGCUGGUAGCAUCACCUGGGAUGCUAGUGGCAUCACCUAUGAUGCUAGUGGCAUCACCUGGGAUGCUAGUAGCAUCACCUGGUAUGCUAGUAGCAUCACCUGGUAUGCUAGUAGCAUCACCUGGAAUGCUAGUAGCAUCACCUUUAAUGCCAUUAAUUAUCUUCUUCUUCUUAAUCUUGGGUUAUACAUUUGGAUACAGAAUUACUGGUGAAGUGUGUCCACUUCCAUCAAGUUUGAAGACAAAUUAUGAUUUCAACUGGAAAUCAAAAACAAAUGAAUGGUCGAAUACACAGACUAAAGCAAGCUAUAUAAUGCUUGCAUUAUCAUGGAGUCCAACUUAUUGUGCAUCACUAACUCAAGCAGCACGUGAUAAAAAAUUUCAAUGUCAUCCAAGUAAUUCGUUCGGUUUGAUUGUUCAUGGUUUAUGGCCUCAAGCAUCGAACGCUGAAAAUGUUCGAGCUCAUCCACGAAAUUGUCGUGAUGAACCUCAAUUGAAUGCAACAUUUGUUAAAAGAUAUUUCUGUAUUAUGCCUGAUGAAGAUCUCGUUCAAGGAGAAUGGGAGAAACAUGGUACUUGCCACUAUUCAGAAGCAGUUGAUUAUUACACAGUGACGGAAGAACUUUUCAAAAGUCUUAAACUACCAGAAUACAAUCUAUUAAAUACAGCAUCAGCCACAGUAAUCAAAGAUGAAUUUCUUACACUCAACGCACCGGCACUAUUUGCAUCGGCAAUCCGAGUCGAUAUGGAUUCAAAAGGUCGUUUCAAAGAAGUCAAAAUAUGCUACGAUUUACAAUAUCAAUUUGCCGCUUGUACAUGA